UCAUCCUUUGCUGCUACAGAAAACAGAUUCAGUAAGUAGUGCUUCCGUUGUAUUUCUUGAUGUUAAUUACAUAGAAGCUGGACCUAAACAAACUUACCCAACAAUUGGCUAAUUCCGAUGUAGCCCAAGUGUAUGAGAAAACAUGUCUGCAUUUGGAAUCAAAAUCAGCGCAGCUACGCUUACCAUCAUGGUAGUAUUAUUAUCCCUUGUGUUCUUCAUCGGUGUUGUUCUGUGCGUGCUAUUAAGGUUGGUCAUGAAGAUGAGAUCUCCCCAAUCCAGUGAAUACCCGGAAGAGUCCACUACUUCUGGUGCUCUCCAGGUCCAGAGGCAAUUACGGCAUCUUUUUCAUAUGCAAGACUCUGGGCUAGAUCAGGCCUAUAUAGAAGCACUUCCAGUAUUUCUGUACAAGGAUAUUGUGGGUGUGGGAUUGAAGGGGGCCUUUGAUUGUGCUGUUUGUUUAUGUGAAUUUACAGAAGUGGACGAGCUGAGGUUGCUGCCCUUAUGCAGCCAUGCUUUCCAUAUCGGCUGCAUAGACACAUGGUUGCUCUCAAACACAACAUGCCCACUUUGCAGAGAAGUGAUUGUGUCACAUGGGCUUUCUUUGGAGAGCCCAUUUGAUUAUAUUGGAGGCCGAAAAGAAGAAGAGAGAGGGAGUGGGAGUUCAGGGAAUGCAGGCCCUUGUGAGGUGAAGAAGAAGAAUGGUGGAGAAGACAACAGUGCUGCCAUUGAUGGCAAAAGGGUGUUUUCAGUUAGGCUUGGGAAAUCUAAAAAGAGUAGUGACAGGGGUGCACAUAACGCCUACGGUGGUGGGAUUGUGGAGGCGGCAGGUGACAGCGACAGCAAUUUGGAUGGGAGGAGGUGUUAUUCCAUGGGUUCAUUUCAGUAUUAUGAGGUGGAUGAUGAUUCAGAACUGCAAGUUGCACAGUGCCCCUGCCCAACUACAAGCACAAGCAGUAGAGACACAGAUGGUGUUGGAGUAGGGCAAACAGGGAGUGGGAGUCUUACAAGCAAGAAAUAUGGAUAUGGAUAUGGUGGGGAGAUGAGAACCAUUGGGAUUGCGGCCAAAGGUGAGAGCUUGUCUGUUUCGAAAAUCUGGCUGUGGUCCGGGAAGGGUGAAUUUUAUCAGUGAUGAGUGAGACUUUAGACUUUGUAGAGAAAAUAUAUGAAAAUAAUAUAGGCCGUGUGAUCUGUCAUCAUCAGUGUGUGUGUUAUUGAUGUGGGGUAGAGGGAAGGUCUGUGUGUGAUUGGUGAUUGAUGAUUGAUGAUAACAGUAUUUGAUACGGUGGUGAUAACAGAAAUUUGUAUUAUUUAAUUAUGUACAAAUUCAUGUAGAAUUUAU